UUUCUUUCAUCAUGGAUUCUCAUCAAGAGGUGUUGGUGAGUAAUGUUCUUGAACUCUAUGAGAAAAUUUCAAGUUUUGAAGACCUUAAUCCCUCCAAAGAUGUCAAUGCCUGUUUGUCCAAGCUUGUUCAUACAUGUCUGUCCUCAUGUCACAUUGAUGUAUCCAAGUUAAGUGAGAGAGUUCAAGAGAAGGUGUCAAGGCUUGUUAAGCUAUGUGGGAAAGCUGAGGGACUUUUAGAGAUGCAUUUCUCUACACUCAUAGGAUCCCAUGAAUAUCCUCUCAAAAAUCUCAGUUUAUUUCCUUACUAUUCCAAUUACCUCAAACUCAGUCAUCUAGAAUUCACCUUGCUAAGCAAAGCUUGCAAGACAGUUCCCACCAAUGUCGCUUUUGUAGGCUCCGGUCCCCUCCCUCUUUCUUCCAUCAUUUUAGCCACCAAUCAUCUCAAGACUACUUCAUUCCACAACUAUGAUAUAGAUCCUUCCGCAAAUGCCAAAGCCCUCCAGUUGGUUUCACCUGAUCCUGACUUGUCUAAAAGGAUGUUUUUCCACACUACGGAUGUCAUGAAUGUCUUGGGUGGCUUAAAGGAACAUGAAGUCAUUUUCCUGGCAGCUCUGGUGGGGAUGGACUGGGAGGAGAAAGUUCGGAUCAUUCAGCAUUUGGCUGCUCACAUGUCUCCUGGGUCUAUUCUCUUGCUAAGGAGUGCUCAUGGAGCUCGAGCAUUCCUUUACCCUGUAAUUGAUCCCAAUGAUCUUCAAGGGUUUGAGGUUCUAUCCAUCUUUCAUCCAACUGAUGACAUCGUUAAUUCAGUUAUCAUGGCACGUAAAGAUCAAAGGCCACUCUGUUCAUGUAAAGGAGGAGGGUUUAACUCCACCAACUUACCUAGCAAAUGUUCUGAAAUCCAAGGCUUCAUUCCUGUAAACCACGGGAAAAUAUUUGAAGAGUUAACCAUAGAUGAGCAGACAUCCUGAAUCCUCUUCCUGCUUGAGCUCAUUCUCGAUCACGAACAACAUGAAAAAUAAGAUUCACACUACAUGUCUGAUUCAAGUAAUUCUGUAUGGUUCAGUGUUGAAUGCUUGAAUAAUCAAAACAAAAGUUCUCA